AGAGCGCGUUAAAUUGGCAUGCCGCCUCAGUUGAACUUGAAAGGUCAAGCAAACAGGAAAAAGAAAGAAAGAAGCAGCUAGUUGAGGCGAGGCGGGGAGAAGAAGCUAAUACCAAUCGGAAAGCUUCUUAUCAUUCGUUCUGAUCUUAAUAUUUCUCAAGACUUGCUUUUCUUACUGUUGUGGAGAGCUAAUAGCCCUGGGUUUGAAGGAGGCAUUCCUUUUCUGCGCAUAAGAUGUACUUCUGGUCAUCAUCGUACCGGGAUGCAGAUAUUGAAUUGGUUUUAUAUAUAAAUGGACUGCAAGAAGUUCAUCCAGUUGGUAGAGGAAAAAAAGAAGAGAGCUUUGGAGAGGAAAGAAGCCCCUUUGAAAUGGGAGCAGAAGUUAGAAGCUGCUGCAAAGGCGAAGGCUGAUGCUGAAGCCAAAGUUAGGAAGCAAAGGCCUGCAAAGCAUAAAAGAAGAUCUGUAUCAAACUCGGAUACUGAUAGCGAUAGUGACAUCAGUGAUGGGAGAAAGAGUAGGAAGAGAACUCACAAGAAGCAUCGGAAGCACUUCCACUCUGAUUCAAGUGAGAAUGAGAAGAGGAGGGAAAAGAAACCCAAGCAAAAGUCAAGGAGACAGUCCUCAGUGUCAAGUGAUGAAUUCCAGUCUGAUUCUGAAGAAGAGAGGAGAAAGAGAAAACAUAGAAGACACAGGCAUCAUCGCAAUUCAAGAUCAGAUUCUAGUGAUAAUGAUUCUUCAAGCCAUGAUGAUGAAGCUGUCAAGAGGAGAAGCCGAUCAAAGCAUCACAAACGACGACGGCAAUCAGAAUCUAGUGCUUCAGAUUCUUCAAGUGAUGAAGACAAUGGUGCUAUCAGGAGGAGAGCUCAUUCAAAGCAUCACAAAUGCCACCAUCGCCGGUCUGAGUCAUAUGAUUCAGGUUCCUCAAGCGAUGAACACAGGACUAGUCAUGCAAAGCAUAAUAAGCGUCAUCAAAGAUCACAUAGCAUGGAUUCAAGGUCGUCGGAUUCUGAUGGGCUUGGGCAUGACCGAAGGAGCAGAUCUUUAGGAAAGUCAUCAGAUGACAAUGUUGAAGAAGCAGACAAACUGUCAAGGCACAAGAAAUCUGGUCAUCAUCGACGCAACCAUGACAAGCACAAACACCAUCACUCUGAUGAUGAGAAAAAUCACCAUUUGCAUCGAAAAGAUGAAGAUCAUUCUCACCAGCAUGCGGAAGAGAACAACGGAAAUCAUGCAGGGCAAGCAGACACAAUGGUGGUCUAGAACAAUUUUAAUGUUAUAGUGUUCAGAAUUGCCUAGAUCCUUUUCUGCCAAAAAUCCGUGUUUUUUUUUGGUUUGUUCAAUUUGGAGGAGCACGAAACUUAAUCGUGGAUAAAAACUUGCUGUGAUUUGCACUGAAAUUGUUAGACGCCUGCAAUUGCCAUUUUUUUUAAUCUUAUAUUCAAACACAAUUCAAAUUAUCUGAUCAACAA